UUCCACCGCCCACGUUUCGUCUCCUCGCCCUUCGCCCAACAGUCCAAAGCCACGCAUCAAAAUAGAUCCAUCGAUCCACCGCGGUGUCCAGCACUACACACUUUUCAGUUGCCAAGUGCCAACUCCCUCCUCCAGUCCUCCGAACAACAAUCUCUAGCCGCCGCGCUCCCUCCCCCCGCAAUGGCGGCGCCGCCCCAGCCCUCGCCCGCAGCCCCCGCUCCCGCCGCCGCGGCGGCGGACGCGUUCCGGUUGGGGUUCGUCGGCGCGGGGAACCUGGCGGAGAGCAUCGCCCGCGGCGUGGCGGCGUCGGGGGUCCUCCCGGCCUCCGCCAUCCGCACCGCGCCGCACCGCCGCCCCGAGCGCGGCGACGCCUUCGCUUCCCUCGGCGCGCGCAUCCUCGCCUCCAACGGUCAGGUUGUCGAUGACAGUGAUGUGAUCGUCAUCUCCGUGAAGCCUCAGAUCGUCAAGCAGGUUCUAGUCGAGCUGAAGCCACUCUUGUCUGAAGAAAAGCUUCUUGUGUCCAUCGCUGCUGGCAUCAAGAUGAAAGACUUGCAGGAUUGGUCUGGCCAGCGCCGAAUUAUUAGGGUGAUGCCAAACACACCCUCAGCUGUCGGACAAGCAGCGUCAGUGAUGUGCUUGGGAGAGAAGGCUACUGAGAAUGAUGAAAACCGUGUAAGAAGCUUGUUUAGUGCCAUUGGAAAAGUUUGGACAGCUGAAGAGAAAUAUUUUGAUGCUGUAACUGGCUUGAGUGGUAGUGGUCCAGCCUAUAUUUUCUUAGCCAUAGAAGCCAUGGCUGACGGUGGGGUUGCUGCUGGACUUCCUCGGGAUCUUGCUCUUGGUCUUGCAGCUCAGACAGUGCUUGGUGCUGCAACCAUGGUAAGCCAGACGGGUAAACAUCCAGGUCAACUGAAGGAUCAGGUCACUUCCCCUGCAGGAACUACAAUAGCUGGGGUUCAUGAGCUCGAGAAGGGUUCAUUCCGUGGGACACUUAUAAAUGCCGUUGUUGCUGCCACAACGAGAUGCCGUGAAUUGUCGCAGAGUUAAUGCUUUUAUUCUGGUAAAAGUAAUUAGGUUGCCGCGAUUCAGUAAUAAAAAAGGUGAAGACAAGAUUGAUGAGAUAUUUGAAUAUCAGAUUCCCAGCAAGUUCUCAGUAUAUUUAUUUUCUGAUGUCUCCAGAUAACUUGGUGGAAUAUUUAGUUGAUGUUUAGUCUGAGAUCUAUAUGGUGUUAUAUUGAUAUCUUUCUGGAAAUAUUGGACUGCAAAAGCAGUUUAUAUUUUGUUGGGA